AAAGAAUCGAAGAGGUUCAAACCGCACACCUCCAGUUUUUGAAAUAGCAGCAUUGACCAUUUUCAGUUCUCAAAAAAACGUCCUUCUAUUUAAUCGUCUUAACAUAAGCGAAUACCGGACUAACAGGUCAUGGCUGGCUUUGGAAACACCUGGGGUCCCGGCGGACGCCGCGACCAGCCCAACUGGGAAGAUGAAAUGCAGAGUGGCACCCAGCAAGACUAUAAUGCUGACGAGGGCAUUCGGUCGGAUCCCAUGUCCGAAUCAUCGCAAAAGUAUUCCAGCGGCCAUGGCCAGGAGUACGACCAACAGCACACCGCCAUGCAAGGAGGUGGCAGAGCUCAGGGUGAAGAUUGGGGUGGAAGAUAUCAAGGCGGAACUGCCCAAGCGUAUCCGCAGACUGAAAGCACACAGGGUGGAUAUGGUCAGAGAGGCAUGGGCGGACAAGGAAUGCACAGUUCGUCCAGAAUUGGAGAAGAUGAGCCGAGUGACGAGAGGUUUAUGGGUGAGCAUGGCAGUCAGGGGUUCGGAGAGCACCAACAGCAGGCUGAGAAAGACUCCAAGCCUAGUGGUAUUCUCGGCAGUAUCAGCAGCCUCGGGGAUAGGGCACAAAGGGCUGCGGAACGCAGGUUUGGUGGCGGUUCUUAAUUAGCCAUUGGUGCGGAAAACAGAAUUGUUUCAAAAACUCUUUAUAUUAGUGUAUAUCACCACGAUUUCUUGAUGGGACCGUUUGCCCAGGACAUUGAAUGAAGAAUCAAAAAUCCGUCGAGAACUGCAACA